AUGGCACAACAAGAGAAUUUGGUUUACAUGUUUCUGAAAACCUUCAUUAGCCGUCUUCGAGGAUAUGCGCAGUCUUUUCUCCCAUUUCUCCGACCGAGGACAAAGGCGCGCAUAAACACCGCCGAGGUUGUAUUCCCACUCUCUGACGACGUCGUUAAACUCCUCUCGCGAUAUUCUGAUGAAAAUAGUGAACUCAUGGGAGAGCAGCUUUUGAUCUCUUUAAAGCAGCUAAUAUGGGAAUCACCGAAAAUCUGGGAAUCUGUUAUACGAGGGGUAGUUCUCAAAUGCAGUGACAAGAUUGCUCUCAAAGUUGUUCGACAACGGCCGGACUACACCGAGUAUACAACAUUGCAGUACCUAGCUGAGCAUUUGCCAGACAUACCCGCUCCUCGCCCUCAUGGGGUUAUAAGAUUGAAACCGUUCACGGCUUUUUUCAUGUCGUAUAUCCCGUCGAUGACUUUGACGGAAGCAUGGCCGAAGUUGGACCAUGGGGGGAAAGCCUCCGUACAAGAACAGCUGGAAGAAAUUUUCAUAAAACUCAGAACCUUGAGGAAGGAUGAUGGUUAUCCAUUAGGAGGAGUCGCAGGCGAAGGUGUGAAAGAAGCGCGGAUAAGCUGUUUCGCACAAGAGAAGACCAUCGAUACGGCUGCAUCAUUUGUGGAUUUGCAAUUCUCACUCUCCAAAUUUCUCGGCAAAUCAUACAUUCAGCUUAUUCAAACUCUUCAACCCCCGCCCACCACAGGAUCGGUUUUCACUCAUGGAGAUGUUAGGAAGGACAACAUAAUGGUAGAGAUUGGAGAAGACAAUGCGUGCAAGGUUACUGGUAUAAUUGACUGGGAAGAUUCAGGUUACUAUCCUGACUACUUUGAGAGUACUACCUUGACACGUACUUUGGAUUCCAGGAAAGAAGAUGACUGGUAUAACUAUCUACCUCCUUGCAUUGAUCCGGCGCGAUUUCCUCACCGAUGGCUCCUUGAUCGACUGUGGGGAAUACACCACCUUGUUUUUUGA